UAUUAUCACAGACAGUGAAACGUACUAACUUAUACAUUAGGUAAUAUAUUUGUGACAUACGCUUUAAAGGACCGUGCACAAAUCAUGACUAUGACACCGCAAGACCCUUGCACAUGGCGGGAGCCUCGCAUAGUCCCCAGGAAAAUGUGGGGAGCGCGGGAGCCCACUGGACCCAUAGCACCUCUCAAGGAGUCUCCAGUCCCCUACUUCUUCCUGACAUGGGCAGCCCCCGUGCCGCACUGCUACGCCCCCAUGGAGUGCAUGAUGAUAGUCCGCGAACUCCAGCAGCUCCACAUGGACAUGGGUGCUCCGGACAUACCUUACAACUUCAUGAUAGGUGACGACGGGCAGGUCUACGAGGGUCGUGGGUGGUUGAACAGCUGCCCAGUACAUCCCAAGUUCGCCGACAGAGAAGGUCAUGCUUUAGUGUUCGCGUACAUCGGGAAGAAGAUUUGGAAAAAGGUACCAAAUGAAGACACAGAUCCCUGGAUGAUGGACGACUUCGAGGACUACAAAGGUGCUUACGAAAUAAUGAACUACGGGGUUGACAACAACUACUUAGACGUUGAAAGGUACUUGACAGGCUACCGUUGGGAGCCUGAGGACUGGAACACUUAUGGGGGCAAGCUCAAACCGCUUCAACUUGACGAAAAUAUACUGAAUAAACCAGAAGAUGAUUAUGAACCUGACUAAGCAGCUACAUAGAAGAAAGAUAACUAGAAACACCAUUAAAACUUAUGUUAGUUAUAAUUUUGCAACAAA